AUGAAUACUUUGAAAGGUAAUUUAAAAUUAUUAAACUCCAAUAUAAAUGUUCAAGAGAAAAGGAAGAUAUGGCUAGAUACUAUAAAAGACGACCCCAUAUGUUUAAAAGGUUGUGGUUAUAAAAAUUUAAAAAGUAUAGCUCUUACAUUUUUUAAAGAUAAAAACUUAUACAAUGAAGAAAAUUUGGUAAUAUUAAAUUUCUUUUGUAAAGAAAAACUUGAUGAUUUUCUUUUGAAUGAUGAAAUUAUGGAAUUCUUACAAAAAACAUAUUUGUUGUAUGAAUAUUUUAUAAAAGAAGGAUGUGAUAAAAUUAAUAAAAAACAGUUUAUUGAAAAUAUAUCUGAAUGUUGUAAGAGAAUAUUUUUAAAAAAUAUUAUAAAACAUGAAAAAGAAAUACUAGAUUUCCUGUUAAAAAAUUUAAUGAAUUAUAUUAACAAAUAUUCCUUUUGCUUAAUUUAUCAAUCCUUAUAUAACAUAUAUCAAUAUAAUCAAAAUAAUUAUAACCAAAUAUAUUAUGUAAAACAAAAGCCAACAUUUGAGUUUUUAUUAUGUCUAGAAAAUAAAAAAAUAAAUGAUGAAGUGCUAUUAAUUAAUAAUAAUAAAUUUUAUAUAGAUUCUUUAUUCGUACUAAAUGAGAAUGAUGAAAAAGGUAUACGUGAAUAUUUUGAAAAGAAUGGAAAUAUCACCACAUGUGAUGCCUAUAAUGAAAGAGAAAAUACACAAGAGGAUUCAAGUUAUAAAAAUUAUAACUAUGAAAGAGAUAAAAACAAUGAUAUUGUAGAACAUGUUAAUGAUAAUAAGAUAGAACAAAGAGGAACGAUUUUAAGAACAAAAACAUGCAUAUCCUUUUCUAAUGAUAAAAAUAUAUCAAAAAAUGUUGAAACAUUAAAUAAAGAAUUUUCUUGUUUCUAUUUGUUUAUAUAUUUUAGAUGUUGUUUUGAAAAUAUAAAUUUUUAUUUAAUAGAAAAAUUCAUAGAAAAUUAUUAUAUUAAUCAUAAUAAUGAAAAUAUUUAUAAAGAAUUGUUAUUAUUUCUGUUUUUAAUAUACAAGGAUAAAAUGAAUACAUUAGUAGAUAGAAUAUUAACAGACAGUAUAAAUUAUUUAAACAAUAAUUAUACUGCUAGUAUUAUGAAUAAUAAUGAUAGUAAUAAUAAUAGUAAUAAUAGUAAUAAUAAUAAUAAUAAUAAAAAUAAUAAUAAUAAUAAUAAUAAUAAUAAAAAUAAUAAUAUUUAUCAUAAAAGUAAUAGUAGUAAUAGAAGCUAUAGCAAAAAUUAUUCAUAUAACCAUUUAGAGUCUCAUAAGAAACAAAAACGAAAUACAAACGAAAAUAUAAAAGAACGUAAUAAAGAAUUAUAUCUUAGUGAUUCUUUAUUUUAUUAUGAACUUUUAAUAAAUAUUAUCAUUUAUCAAAAUUUGAAUUAUGAAAAUAAUUAUGAGUACUAUCUAAAUUUUAUAAAAACAUUACAUGAUAAUGAUCAUUUCCAAGAAUUGUUUUUGUCAUCAUUCUUUUUUGUUUAUAUAAGUACAGAUGAUGUAAGCAUUAGAAAUGUGUUACUAACCAAUUUUAUUAAAUAUGGAUCGAAAAGGUUUUCUACUUUAUCUAAAUUAUUCACAUAUAUGAAACGUAUAUUUUAUAUAAUAUAUCACGAUGUAGUAGAUGAAAUGUAUAUAUAUAAUAAUAAAUUGUUUACAAAUAUUGAAGGUCAAUGUAGUAAAAGGAGAAAUGAAAUAUUGGAUACUGAUGAAAAGGAAUUAAAUUAUUUAAUAUUUGCUAAGAGUAAUAAUAAUAUAUGUAUAGACAAAUAUAUUUGUUUAUUUUUUAAAGAAGUAUACUAUAUUAUUAGUAGAACUAAUAUGGAAUAUUUUUCCUUAGUUACACAUUUAUAUUUAUAUACAUAUGAUUAUAUUUUUCAAAAAAUAAUAAAUGUUAUAUAUGAAAAUGAAAUGAAUUUAAAUGAUACAUCAUUCGAUAUUUGUAAACAAGUACUAAAACCGUUUCUAUUUUUAUAUGUAGAUAUAUUUGAUAGCUUUAUACAAGCAUUAAAAAAAAAUGUAUACAGUGAAAAAGUUAUGAUUACAUAUUCUUUUAUAAAAAAAUAUCUUUUUAAAAAUAUGUAUGAAAAAUCAUUUUUACAGAAAGAUUUAUUUUACGUUAUCUAUCAUAUAUAUUUUCUUCAAUAUGUUCUUAAGUAUAACUUUUUGAAUUUCCUAACUAAUUUUAUAACUACUAAAAGAAAUGUAAGUCAAUAUCUUGAAAAUUUUCUUAAAUUGAAGGACGAUCAUAUUAAAGAAGUUGAAGCUACUCUAGAAAAAAAUGGAAAUUAUGAAAACGAAAAAGGAACUUUAAAUGAAAAAGGAACUUUAAAUGAAAAAGGAACAUUAAAUGAAAAAGGAACUUUAAAUGAAAAAGAAACAUUAAAUGAAAAAGGAACUUUAAAUGAAAAAGAAAAUAAUCAUGAUAUGUUAGAAGACGCUAAAAAAAUAAAGGAAAGGAAUAAAGAAAAAGAUGAUAAGGUGGAAAAAACACAAAGGGUAAAAAGGACGGAGAGCACAUAUCGUCGUAAUAAAAGAGGUUAUUAUAAUGAAGAUGAUAGUAGUGGUGAUAAUAGUAGUAAUGAUGAUAAUACUGAUGAUGAAGAAUGGGAUGAUUACAAACAUAUCAAGAGUUAUCAAAAUGGAAGGAGUAAAAAACAAGAAAAUAAUAAUAAAAAAAAAAGGAAAAAACCAAACAAUAAAAAUAAAAGCAAUGUUGAAAAAAUAGAUCUGACUGAUUUGUCUUGUUCAGACAAGGAAAAUGAAGAAGAACUUUAUAGAAAAAAAAAAAAAAAUUCAAAAAAAGGCAUAAAAAAUGAUGAUAAUAAUAAUAAUAAUAAUAAUAACAAAAGUGACGAUGAAAAUGAUAAUAAUAAUGAUAAUGAAAAUUAUAACCAAAAUAAUAAUUUGUAUAAUAAUAACAAUACGAGUUCAUCAUUUUUGAAUAAUGAUGAUCCUGAAUUGUUAUGUGAUAAACUUUCAGGUGAAGAAGGACAAAAAAAUAAAUGCGCAAAUAAUGUAGUAGAUGCUGAAAAGGAAAGAAUUAUAAGUUUCUUUGAAAAAAAUUAUCAUGUAUUAAAAUAUUUUACAUCUUAUACAGAUGAUAUGAUAUUUGGUCAUGACGAAGGUGAUAUUACUAGUUUGGAUAAUUAUAUAGAUAUUAAGGAGCACACCAAAUUGAAGAGGAUAAGUAGUAACAUGAAGAACAUAAAUAAAAGUAAUGAUAAUAAUAAUGAAAAUGUUAAUCAACAUAAUAUUAAUAUUAAUAUUAAUAAUAAUAAUAAUAAUAAUAAUAAUAAUAAUAUUAAUAGUUAUAAUAAUAGUUAUAAUAAUAGUUAUAAUUGUAUAGCUUAUACUUCGUCAUCAGACGAUAAAAGUCGAUUCAUCAGAAAAUUACACUCGUUUUAUAACAAGAAAAGAAAAGUGGAUCAUAUCAUUAACGAAUUAUUUUUAAACAAUAAAGAUAAUGUGUAUAGUAAGAUUUUAAAAAAUAAUUUGUCAAUAAUUAAAGAAUUGAAAAAUUUAAGGAUGGAUAUAUUAUAUCCUAUUUUUAAUGCAAGUUUAGUAUUUUUAUUUGAUGAUUUUUAUUUUUUCAUUAUACAAAAUAUCAAAUUAGUUAUAGAAGAAAAAGAAAAAUUUUAUUAUAAUCAUAAAAUAUUUUUAAAUACAUCUCUUAUAUUAUUACAUUGUUUAUCAAAAGAUGUAAAAAUAGAAAAGUAUCUAGUAUCCAUUUUUUAUAUUUUAAAAUUAUCUUUUAAUAAAUUAAAAUCAAUAGAAAUUAUAAAUGAAGGUAUACAUCAGAAUAAAGAACAAAUAUAUGAUAAGAACACUAAAACGUUUCAAAAUGAUGUUAAAUAUUAUAAUAUAAAAAAUGAUAAAGAUAUAGUAACAUCUUAUAUAUCAUGUCAUAAGAAAAAUAAUAAUGACCAUCAAAAUAAUAAUAAAAAUAUUACUUUAAAUGAAAUAGAAGAAAACAUCAAGUUGUAUCAGAAUGUAUUUUAUAUCUUUUUAAAAUUAUUACAAAAUAUAUCAAAAACUAAUAAUUUAUAUUAUAAUUUUAAAUUCAUAAUAUAUGAUAUACUUUUUUCACCAUACUCAAAUAAGAAAAUUAUUUUUUCUUGUAUGAAAUGUAUAUUGGAUAGAGCCAAAUUGGACGAAAUAUAUAAUUACUGCAUAAAAAUGUUAGAUAAAAUAACGAUGGAAGAAAAAUUUAUAGAAGACUUGUUAAAAGUAGAAGAUAACAUAUCACUUGAUUAUAAUAAUAACAAUAAUAAUAAUUGUGUUAGUUAUGAAUAUAAUAAAUAUAAUAAUAAUUUAGAUCAAGAAAACGAUACUAAUCAAAAUAAGAAAGGAUAUGUUACAAACAAUAUUAAUUAUAAUAUACAAACAAAUAAUUCAAAUAAUUUUAAUAAUGAUGAAUAUUUUAACCAUGUAUCAUUAAGAAAUAUAAAUGAGACAUAUAUAAAAGAGUAUAAUUAUUUACCCUUAAUUUUGUAUAAUAAAAAUAAUUUGGAAAAUUCUUUUUCUUUUAAUAAUAUUGAGAAAAAUAUUAAAAGUCGUGAAAUUUCUUCCUUAUAUAUUAACAUUUUAAUAUUAUAUUAUAUUAUAACACAAAAAGAGAAAACUAAUAAAAAGACAACAUUUUGUGACCAUUAUUUAAAAUUUGAAGUAGAUAAUUGUCGUAUGAUUAUAAAUAAAUUAAUUUGCCUUUUAUAUUCCAAGAAUGAUUUAAAUUCUUCUUAUGAUAAAUAUAUUAAAUAUUUAAGCUUUAAAACAUUUAAAAAAAUAUACAGUUAUUUGUCUAUAAAUGAAGGAGAUAUAUAUAUAGGACAUAUAAAAAAUAAAAACACAGAUGACAUAAUAAAUGAAGAUAAAAAAUUAAACGAUAUAAAAAUAUUAAAAUAUGAAAUAUUAGAAUACUUUUAUUUUAUAUCAAAUAAAGAAAUUAAAGAAUAUAUCAUGAAAAAUAAAAAAUCAAAUAAUACUAAACAAAACUUAUCAACCUAUACAGAUGAAUAUAAUUUUUUCUUUUUGAAUAAUUUAAAUUGUAAUAAGCUUAUAUUAAAAAAUGACAACUUUUAUUUUAUGAUUAAUUCUUUGUUAUUCAUUUUUAAUAUGAAAUAUGAUAAAGCUACGUUUUAUAAAUUAAUAACAAUUAUUCUAAUGGAAAAAAAUGAAUAUAAAAAUUAUGUUUUAGAAAAGAUCAUUCCAUAUAUAAAAAAAUUUUUUAAAUUAAGUUAUAUAUUAAAUAAUGUUAAAAGACAAAAUAAAAAAAAUAAUUUAAAAUUAAGUAAUGAUAUAUUGAAUCAUUCAGUUUUAUUAUAUAUUAUUAGAACUAUUAUUAUUCUUUUCUUAUUAAUUGAUUAUAAUCAUAUAAAUAAACAUAAUAUAAUAAUUAAUGAAAAUUAUAUAAGUUAUCAUAUAUUUAUUAAUGACUAUAUCAAAAAGAAAUCUCUCAAAUAUUAUUAUACACAAUUAAACUUUUUAUUAUUCAGAAUAUUUUAUAAUGAAAAAAAUUUAUCAUAUUUCUUUAAAAUGUUUUUUACUACCUUAUAUAUUAUAUCUUUCAAAAAAAAAGGUAAUGAAAAUAUGAUGUUCUUCUUUGAAAAAAUAUUCCAUCUUAAUAUAUUAGAUGAACACCUAUAUUCGUCAACAAAUAAAAAAAAUAAGUUCUUAAAAGACAACAUAAAUCUUCAGGAUAAUCAUCAAACUGUAGCAAACAUGAAGCAGUUUAAAGAAGAAAAUGAGAAAGAUAAAAAUAUUGUUGAAAAUAUUGACAAAAAUGUAGUAGGUAAACAUAAACAAAGAACAAAUAAAUCAGAGAAAAAUACAAAAUAUAACAAGAAAUAUAACACAGAAAAUGAUAUAGAUAGUAACACAGAAAAAAAUACAGAUGAUAACACAGAAAAAAAUACAGAUGAUAACACACAAAGCGAUAUAGAUGAUAACACAGAAAAUAAUACAGAUGAUAAUACAGAAAAUAAUAUAAAUAAUAACACAGAUGACCAUUCAGAUAAUAGUCAUUCACAAUAUAGUAGUGAUGAAGAAAUUAGAAAAAAUUAUCGUGAAAUAUUAAGAAGCCAUAAAAAAAAUGAUGUUGAGUUAAAUAAAAAAUCUAUUAAAUAUAAAAGCACUGUUAGAAGUAAUGGGUCAACCACUUCAUCUUCGAAUGAUUCCGAUGAUACAUUUAGAAUAAGAAUAAAUAAAAAAAGAAAAAACAAAAAUACACAUAAUAAAAAAAAAAAACAAAUAAAAAAUAAAAAAAGAAAUUCGUCAUCAUUAGAUGAUAAUCUUAUCACAUAUGUGGAACAAAAAUCGCAACGUACAAAUAGUUCAAAUGAAAUGAAAUGUACACAUUUGAAAAAGUCAGCUAAGAAGGAAUAUAUAUUAAAUCAAGAAGAGGUAAAACCUUUUACAGAUAAUAUAUUGGAAAAAAUGGAAAAAGAAAUGAAUAUUGAGAAUUUUCAAUUUAAUGGUUCCUUAUCUGUAAAAAUAUUAAAUCAUCUAAUAUUCUUAUGUAAAGGUUUCCAUGAAGAUUUGGAAUUAAAAAUAUAUAAUGGAAUAAAAUCUUGUUUAAAAGAUAAUGAAAUGGAUAAACAAAAAUUAAAACAACUCUUAGAACAAAAUAUUAAAGAAGAUGAACAUAUACAUAAUCAUGUAUCAUCCAUAAAAUAUAAAAAAAAAUUAGAACUCUUAAAAAUGAUUGACACUAAAAUUAUAUUUCUUACAUAUAUAAAAGACAAUUUAGAAAAAAGAAAAUCUCUUGUAUCUAGAAUGAGUGAAUUAAAUUUAAACAUUUUUAAAAAUAAAUCAAUGUUUCAUAUUGAUAUCGAUUUUAUUUAA